GUUCGGUUUCAUUUACUAGAGGGCUUGAAAAGGUUAGCCUGAACUUCUUGGUUCGGAAGGUCUGUUUCUGCCUCUGGAUUUCUUUUGCUGGAUUCUUCAGAUAAAUAGAUUAGAUGGAUCAAAUCGUUAACGUGGAUGAGUUUCAAGAGCUGGCCAAACAGGCCCUCCCUAAAAUGUACUAUGAUUUCUACAAUGGAGGAGCAGAAGAUCAACACACUCUCAAGGAAAAUGUGCUAGCUUUCCGUAGAAUCAUGUUUAGGCCUCGGGUUCUCGUUGAUGUGAGCAAAAUAGAUAUGUCUACCAAAAUAUUGGGUUACCCUAUCUCCGCUCCAAUCAUGAUUGCUCCAACAGGAAAUCAUAAGUUGGCUCAUCCUGAAGGAGAAACCGCCACUGCGAAAGCUGCUGCUGUGUGUAACACUAUCAUGAUAGUAUCAUACAUGUCUUCAUGCAGUUAUGAGGAGAUUGCUUCCAGUUGUAAUGCUGUUCGGUUUCUUCAAAUAUAUGUGUACAAGAGACGGGACAUAACUGUUCAAGUGGUGAAAAGAGCAGAGAAAGCUGGAUUUAAGGCCAUAGUUCUGACUGUUGAUGUUCCUAGACUUGGUCGAAGGGAAGCUGAUAUAAAGAACAAAAUGAUAUCCCCGCAGCUGAAGAAUUUCAAAGGUGUAUUUUCAACUGAAGCCCAACCUAGUAAGGGUUCAGGGGUACAAGCCUUCACCUCUCGUGCAUUUGAUGCUUCAUUUAGUUGGAAGGACAUUGAAUGGUUAAGAUCUAUUACAGAGUUACCUAUCCUGGUCAAAGGGAUACUCACCCGAGAAGACGCUCUUAAGGCUGUUGAAGCUGGUGUAGAUGGAAUAGUUGUAUCUAACCAUGGGGGUCGCCAGCUCAACUAUUCCCCAGCUACAAUAACUGUUUUAGAAGAGGUUGUUCGUGUCGUUAGAGGUAAGAUUCCGGUUUUGCUUGAUGGAGGAGUAAGACGAGGAACAGAUGUUUUCAAAGCGCUGGCGCUUGGAGCACAAGCUGUUCUUGUAGGAAGGCCUAUAGUCUAUGGGCUUGCAGCUAAGGGUGAAGAUGGAGUGAAAAAAGUAAUUGAUAUGUUAAAGAAUGAGUUUGAGAUCACUAUGGCUCUUUCUGGUUGUCCAACCAUUGGUGACAUAACCAGAAACCAUGUUAGGACAGAGAAUGAGAGACUUCAAUCUAGGCUCUGAUCCAAAAAACCAACAGAGCUGGUCUCAGAAAUUUAAUCAGACAGCUGAACAACAGUAGCAAGCAGCAGCAAUAUCAGAAGACUCAGGACUACGCGAGCGAUUGAGACAAUGCAUUCAAUCAAUGCUAUUUGUUCCAGUAUGCUUUUAAUUAAAAAAUCUGGAUUCAGUCUAUACUCACUAUUCAUCAUUUUGUCUGUAAUUAUGAUAAAUAUGCUGUAUGCUAGUUUGAAAAAAUGAUGUGUUGUGUUCUGUUCCUA